UCUUGUGUUACAGAAACGAAAAUCCGUUUCAUCUGGCUCAAUUGCGAGAACGAAAGGCGUAAUAGUUCAACGGCUGCCAUCAUUUAUAUUAAAAAGAAAAGAAACUAAAUUACAUAUACAGUAUAUGAGGCUGCGUAAUCGCAACUUUAUUGUAACAGAUAUACCAUACUCGACAUGUGAUAGAAACCACGUGUUAAAACGAUGGUGACAGCCUUCGUGACCAAAUCUUGUCUUCAUGACGAUGCACAUCACGUGGGUGAACCGGAAACACCCAAAACUUGUCUGCUUAAAUAUUCUGUUGCUGGGUGUGGAUAUCAUCCAACUUGAAAGUAUAAGUGAAGAAAUAUGAAGCUUUUAUUAAGAAGUUUAUGUUUUUCGAUAUUACUUUCGUUUUCUUUGCAAAAGGAAAAAGUUCCUGUUGUUACAGAUAAAGUAGAAUUUGAUAUAACUAUUGGUGGUAAAGAUGCUGGAACAAUUGUUCUUGGGCUAUAUGGUGAAAUAGUUCCUAAAACAGUAAAAAAUUUCUUAGCUUUUGCUGGAGAAGGUUAUAAUGGAAUGAAAUAUGAAGGAUCUACUUUUCAUAGAGUAAUUAAAGAUUUUAUGAUCCAAGGUGGUGAUAUUAUCAACAGAGAUGGUAGUGGAUCUACUAGUAUCUUUGGAACUAAAUAUUUUGAUGAUGAAUAUUUAGAUUUGAAACAUGAUCCUGGUGUCAUAAGUAUGGCAAAUUCUGGAAAGAACACUAAUGGAUGCCAAUUUUUCAUUACAACUGUCAAUACUAAUUGGUUAGAUGGUCAUCAUGUUAUUUUUGGUAAAGUUUUGGGAGGAAUGGACAUUGUUCACAAAAUAGAAAAUGUAAAAACAGAUUCUGAAGACCAUCCAGUUGAUACUGUUGUAAUUAAGAGUUCCAGAGUUGUGCCUGUAUAACAUUGAACAUAGGUUUUUUUUAAAAAUUUAUUUCUUAUAUAUUUGAAUAAUUUGCUAAAUCAUAUUUAAAAUAAAAAAAAUAAAAUAAUAAUAAUAAUAAUAAUAAUGCACUUAAUAAUCAGUGAUCUCUCUAAACAAAACCAUGUGACUUGUGCAAGAAUAAUUAACUCAUUUUUAUUUACAUAAAAAAAAACAAAUUUUUUACAUUUAAUAUUUAAAAAUUUUUAUAGAAUGUAAAUGUCAAAUAAUUUUAUUGAUUGAUAUAAAAUUUAUUUUGUAAAAUAAGAAAAAUAAUAUAAUUAUAAAAUUUAGUUUCUAUUUUAUAAAUAAACUAUAAAUUUUGGUUUUUGAAGAGUUUGUUCUAGAACUUCUUGUAAUUGAAUCAUUUAGUGGAAAAAAA